CGAGACCAGCGCAGCCAACCGCCCUUUCCAAUCCCUACCCGUCCUUAUUCCCAUGGUGCCCCGCGCUUUUUGAGCCAUCGGCGGCAAAGUGUGGAAGAAAAUGGCGGAGGGCAGCCAAAUUAAGACAAGGCUCCGGAGUUCCAGUCAAAUUACACCAUUGUCAGAUCAGAGUUCCUCUUCUGAAAGAAAAUAUCGCAGAAAUCAGAAGCUUGGAAACCCUGAGUCCAUCACUAAGCAGGAAGGAGCCCCACAAAAGAGCAGCUUCCAGGCUCGGCGCAGUGCCAGGCUAAAUCCUGGUGCGUGUGCCGAUACCAAUGUGAUCUCUCCAGAACGUGCCAGUGUCAGCCCAAACUCCCAAGGCAGUAUGACCCUUGUCAACCCUACUGGAGAAACUGAGGUCAGUAAGCCACCAUCUGCCAACAAGCGGCUCAAGAAAAGUCCACAGUCACGGUCACUAUCCUGGCGACGCUCCAGUUUCAAGGGUGGUAAAGGGCGAAAAUCCCUCCCACCAAUCCACCACGAUGCAACAGACAUUUUUGAGGGUAUCAGCACAGAUUUGCCUGAGGACGAAAGACUGGCACUGCUGUUUCAUGCAUGUUUAGAGUAUACUUUACAAAAGCUGCAACGCUCCUUGGAGCCACAAGAGGCCUUCAAUCUGGAAGCCUUUCAAAAGCAAGCCUCUGAUAUUUCCAAUGACAUUAAACGCAUUGUGGAGACUAUGAAACUAGACGGGACUCUGAAGCAAUGCACGGAGAAACCAAAUGACAUUCUUUUCAAUUCAGAAACUGAGAUGCUGAUGAAGCAGCUAAAGGAUGACAUUUCCAG